GGCCGGGACGCCGGGCUCCGGGGCGGGGGCGGGGGGCACGGGCACCGGCGACCCCGGCGGCGGCGGCGGCGGCCGGGCCGAGCCGCGGGGCCGGUCAUGCGGCUGCGGGGCCCGCGGCCCGGAGCGUGCGCCCAGCCCUGAGCGAGGCCCCGCAGGGCGACCCCCGCCAAUAAGGAUGAGUCACUGCAGCAGCCGAGCUUUGACCCUGCUGAGUAGCGUGUUCGGAGCGUGUGGCCUGCUGCUUGUGGGCAUCGCGGUCAGCACGGACUACUGGCUCUACAUGGAGGAGGGCACGGUGCUGCCUCAGAAUCAGACCACCGAAGUGAAGAUGGCCCUGCACGCCGGCCUCUGGAGGGUCUGCUUCUUUGCAGGACGGGAGAAGGGUCGCUGCGUGGCCUCGGAAUAUUUCCUUGAGCCGGAGAUCAACUUGGUUACGGAAAACACAGAGAACAUUCUGAAGACCGUGCGCACAGCCACCCCCUUCCCCAUGGUCAGUCUCUUCCUCGUGUUCACCGCCUUCGUCAUAAGCAACAUCGGCCACAUCCGCCCGCAGAGGACUAUCCUGGCCUUUGUGUCUGGCAUCUUCUUCAUCCUGUCUGGGCUCUCACUGGUGGUGGGCCUGGUCCUGUACAUCUCCAGCAUCAACGAUGAAGUCAUGAACAGACCCAGCAGCUCCGAGCAGUAUUUCCACUAUCGCUAUGGCUGGUCCUUCGCCUUCGCUGCUUCCUCCUUCCUGCUCAAAGAGGGGGCGGGCGUGAUGUCCGUGUACCUGUUCACCAAGCGCUACGCGGAGGAGGAGAUGUACCGCCCGCACCCCGCCUUCUACCGCCCGCGGCUCAGCGACUGCUCCGACUACUCCGGCCAGUUCCUGCAGCCCGAGGCCUGGCGCCGCGGCCGCAGCCCCUCGGACAUCUCUAGCGACGUGUCCAUCCAGAUGACUCAGAACUACCCUCCUGCCAUCAAGUACCCCGACCACCUGCACAUCUCCACCUCCCCGUGCUGAGCCCCGCGCCCCGCCGCGGCCGGGACUUAACUCGGGACCCCGCGCGCCCGCCCGAGGAGGCGGCCCUGGCUCCGGGCCCCGCCCCUCGCCGCAGCGCCGUCUCAUUGGCUCUGACCUCGGUGGCUCCGCCUCCUCACGGUCGCAUCUCAUUGGCCUCUGACCUCGGUGGCUCCGCCUCCUUACCGUUGCAUCUCA